ACUACGUAAAAUCGCUAAAAGAAAAACCCAAAGAGAGAAAGAAUUGAGUAAUUCUCAACUCCACGAAGCGCACGAGUGUGUGUGUCUCUCUGCAACAAUUAGAUUUUGAUUCAUUCUUUUUCUCUUCUCUUCUCGUCUUGAUCUCUGCUUGUCCCUCUGUUGAUCCCCGUGAUGUUGGUUUCGAGAAUUUUGUCGCGAGUUUCCCGCAGCGCGGGUUUGCGUUCAUCCUCUCUCCCCGCCGUCGCUCAUCAGACGAGGAACCAGACUCCUAUCUUCUCGAGUCGGUAUCACUCCCUCGUUCACGACUACUCACACAAGCUCGUUCCAGCCCAGGUGUCUCUGGAUUCAAUUUCACUACAAAAUUUCUCUUUUUCUUCCUCAACCUCGCCUGAAUCAGAUGAGAAGAAAAGCAACACUGAGGUCUCGAACACAAGUGAAGAGAAAGCUACUGCUGAGGCAAAUGAAUCAGGAGUUGACUCUGGAUCGAAAGAUUCUGUGACUGAUUCUGCAGAAAGAAAGCGGAAAGGUGCUAAACGAGCUGCAUCUUCUGAAUCAGAUUCUGAGAGUGAUGAUGAGUUGUCAGUGGAUGAUUUGGUGAAGCUUGUAGCUGAGAAGGAAGAGCUACUGUCUCAAAAGGAAGAAGAGAUUAAGAAAAUGAAAGAUAAAGUUCUUCGUACUUACGCUGAAAUGGAGAAUGUCAUGGACAGAACAAGACGUGAUGCUGAAAACACCAAAAAGUAUGCCGUACAGAAUUUUGCAAAGAGCCUUUUGGAUGUGGCGGAUAAUCUUGGAAGAGCUUCUUCGGUUGUCAAAGAAAGCUUCUCAAAGCUUGACACUUCAAAUGAUUCGGCUGGAGCUGCUCCAUUAUUAAAGACCCUUUUAGAAGGAGUGGAAAUGACUGAGAAACAGCUAGCGGAGGUAUUUAAGAAAUUUGGUAUGGAGAAGUAUGAUCCUUUAAACGAGCCGUUUGAUCCAAACAGACAUAACGCAGUGUUCCAAGUCCCUGAUGCUUCUAAGCCAGAAGGCACAGUAGCUCAUGUCUUGAAGUCUGGAUACACACUGUAUGAUCGAGUUAUAAGACCAGCUGAGGUUGGUGUUACACAAGGAGGAGAAAACGAAGAAGAGAAGAAAGAGUCUGAUGCUUAAGAAAAAGUUAGCUGGUUUUCAUAAAUUUUGCUAUGGUUCUAUGUUUCAAUGUUUCGAGUAACUCAUUAACAUCUUCUUGAGUCUUUGAGUCAUAGUUUUCUCUUGUGGUUUGGUUAUUCAUUAGAUGAACAAGAUCUCGCAUAAGUUGCUGGACAUGGCAUUUGCAGGAGAUAUCCUGCUUCUGUGUCUGUUUUCUCUAUCUCCCUGAAGCAUUAAUUGCAUGGGAAAAUACCAUUUUACAGAUUUUCGAGGUUCA